ACUGUUUACUGUGUGUAGCUUGGCGCCUCUGAGUGUAGACUAGAGGGAGUUCCACUUCCACAGCUCAGUAUCUCAGAGGGUCUGAGGAUAUUAAGAGCUCUUCUGGGAGUUCAGAUGCUAUGGACAUACAACAUCUAAUGGAGUAACGAUACCGUUAAUAUUGGAUGAAAUGGCUCCUGCUGCAGUCCCAGUGGAAUAAAAGCAGCCUGGUGAAUAUUUGGUGAGUUCUCCUGCUCCAUCAAGAUGGGGAACGGAUCAUCCGAUCACCACUCCUUCUUCCCCUGCCUGCCUCCCUUCCAGGCUCUCCACAUUGUCAUUCUGGGGCUGGACUGUGCAGGCAAGACCACUGUACUGUACCGCCUGCGUUUCAACGAGUUUGUGAACACUGUCCCAACAAAGGGCUUUAACACAGAGAAGAUCAAAGUGCCGCUCGGAGAAAGCCGACGGAAGGCAUCCUUCCACUUCUGGGAUGUAGGCGGUCAGGAGAAGCUGCGUCCUCUGUGGCGCUCGUACACCCGCUGUGCUGACGGCAUCGUGUUCGUGGUGGACUCGGUGGACGCUGAGCGCAUCGAGGAGGCCAAGACGGAGCUGCACAAGAUCACACGGCUGGCGGAGAACCAGGGAGUGCCGGUUCUGGUGGUGGCUAACAAACAAGACCUGAGGAACUCGCUCAGCCUGGCUGAGAUGGAGAGCUCGUUGGCUCUAAGAGAACUCAGCACCUCAACACCCUGGCACCUACAACCUGCCUGUGCUAUCAUUGGUGAGGGACUGCAGGAAGGUCUGGAGAAGCUGCACGCCAUGAUCAUGAAACGGAGAAAGGUGCUGCGGCAACAGAAAAAGAAGAGAUGAUCAGCUUCAGAUUGUGGGAACUUUCAAAUGUGAGCUUGGAAUGAAGCUAUAUAAGAACCACUGUGAGGCACGUCACUUGCCACCCUCUGAUUGGUGAGUUUGACUGUUUGUACAGGUCAGCCAGGGUUUAGCUCCCACAGAGGACAGUGGGGUUGAUUUUGCCUCGUGGACUUUGGAUGCCAACAAUCCUGUUAUCAAUCAUGGGAGUCCAGUGUUCUGCUGUCCAGCAGCAAACAAUGACGUUUACACUGAAAUCUUUAAAGUAGACAAUGAGCUCUGCAUGUUAGCUGGAUGUGAUCUGAGUUCAAAUGUGUUGCUACCAAAGCUGUUGGAGCCGAUGGAUCAACGAUGCAUAUGUCAGUCUCGGGACAGUACUUUAUAUCCGUGUUGCACAAUGAGGUGUUGGCCAAUAUGUUUACAUGAAGAUGCACAAUGAUCCCCAAACAAUGUUCAAGUUGGAUGUGAAUGGAGGAAACUAUUCGUCAGUGGUUUGGUAGUGGACCUACCUUCCUGUGAGCACAGCCACACUGUUAGCACAACAUGUUCAUCCAUCUGAAAUCAUCGGUCAUGGUUUAUGUUUAGAACUAAUAGGGAAUUCAAUAGUGGGAAUAUUUGGAAUGUCUCUACUGAACUGUGUUUGAGGACAGAAUGGCUGAUUGGCAAUACCUAUAAAUCCACCUGGCCGAAUUGGCUAUUGAAAUGAUAUUUGCUUAUUGCAGAUAUAUCAGUGGCAGUAUAUUUGUUGAGCUCCUAAGUAACAAGCAUUGUCAGUAUAGAAAUACCAAAGAUAUGAUUUAGGUAAUGUAUAGUAAACAUGACAUGUAUGUAUAUGUCUGAAAGGACUUUAAAAAGUAUCCGAAUCUGAGUUAGCUGGAGCAUACUAGCUUGCUAACUUGAAGUAAAGGGAUGUUAGCUUGCUCUUAGGGCUGGGUAUGAUUUGAAAAGAUACGAUUACAGUGCCAAUAAUACAAUAACUUUCUGAUUAAAAAAACCAACAAUGCUCUUUGUCUUUCACUGCCUCUGAUAGUGAGCUAAAAUUCCUUGAGCUGCAUUCACUAAAACUGCUCUGCCCCAUAGCCAUAAAAACAACUUUACUAGCUGUUUUUUAACCGCAAGUGAGCAAAUAGCAAAUUGCGCACCAGGUGGCGGCAGCUUGAGUUCGCUUUAUUGGCUUUAUUUCAGUUAUCUAGCUGGAGAAAAAGCUUAAAGGUAUUCAGUUUGCUGCCAAAAUAAAGAAAACAGACUUGCUGUUCUAACAGUUUCGGGACGGACUGACGUAAUGCACCAUUCACUGCGAUCACAGCUUCUCGUUGGCUUCUCAGCUUAAUCACAGAGCCUAGCACCAACACUGAUGAUUUGACCCACAGUUCAAGAGCCAGUUGCAUCAGCUGACUCUUCAACACCAGCAUGGUUCAUGACAUGUGUGAUGCACUUUAAUGCUCCUUUGACUUUGAAAAGCACAGACUUCAUAGGACCCUGACACUGACAUGUUGCUUCAAAGAUGUGUUUCACGUAUGUAUAUUAUGUUGCUGUAUAUCAAAUGUAAACCACACAACUUACAUGUCCUGUACCACCUUGUUCACUUGGAAUAAAACAACAAAAGGACAGUAA